AUGGCGUCUUCCGUCGAUGCCAAGCUGCUCAAGCGCACCAAGUUCCCUCCUGAGUUUAAUCGGAAGGUGGACAUGACCAAGGUCAACAUCGAAGUGAUGAAGAAGUGGAUUGCAAGUCGAAUCUCUGAAAUCCUCGGAAACGAGGAUGACGUCGUUAUCGAGCUUUGUUUUGGGCAUUUGGAAGGGGCUCGCUAUCCUGAUAUCAAAUCUCUCCAAAUCCAACUCACCGGAUUCCUAGACAAAGAUACCGCUAAGUUCUGCCAGGAGCUAUGGUCCUUGUGCCUCAGUGGCCAGGAAAACCCACAGGGUGUCCCGAAGGAGCUUCUAGAAGCUAAGAAACUCGAGCUCAUUCAAGAGAAGCUCGAAGCCGAGAAAGCUGCCGAAGCUGCCCGACGACAAAAAGAACAAGACACAGCCCGUGAACGGGACAUCGAUCAUUUGAGACGUCGCGAGCGAUCUGACCGCGGACGAGGCGCUGGGGGCAGUGGCCGUGGUCGGGGAGGCCGAGACUUUGGCCGACGCUCUCCACCUCCGAGAGACCAAGGCCGCAACCCAGACCGAUUCCAACUCCUGACUACACUCGCCCUUCAUCUCGCUCUCGAUCCCCCAAACCAUCCUCACCCCGCCGCGAUCGUAAUGAGCCUCGCCACCGGCCCCGUGAGCGCCGUCGUCGCUCUCCAAGCAGAUCAGUAUCUCCCAACAGACGCAACCGCGGAGGAGCGAGAAGGCCCAGCCCGGACUACGGUGACCGUGCUAGAUCUAGAUCCAUCCUUUCCCGCAGUCUCUCGCGCUCACGAUCCCCCAGAGGAAAACGCCGCAGUCAGUCCUCAUCGCCCGAUUACGAUGUGCACCGUCGACGCCCCAAGAACGCAAAAUCACCCUCUCGCUCACGUUCCCGCUCGCGUUCCCGACGCACAUCUCACCGGUCUCGCCGCGACCGCGAUUCCCGUCGUUUGA